CUGAUGUUUGAACUCUAUAUAAACCCAAUCAUUUCAGGAGGAAAUUAAUUAAACAUCAUUUUCAUGCUUUUUAUUUUAUGAAAGAAAGAAAUACUCAGUACUGUUCAAAAAUGUCUUCGACUCGUUUAGUACAACUAUCAUUGCUCAUUAUUUUGCUUGUUUUAGAGACCUCAUUUGCUCAUACUCAGUUAGGAAUACUAAGGAAGACUGGAGGAAGAAAAAUACUGGUAAAUCAAUUAUUGAAUCAGGGAAGUAAUAAGAUGCCGGAUGGAAGUGUUUCCAAGAUUUCAGGAAAUGGUGCGAUUGAUUUAAAGAAUGUCACUCUUGAAGUACCAGAAAAACAUCACAUGAACGUUCAGGUGGAAACACUUGAGCCCAAAGCAGAAUCACAGGAGUUUGUUGAUGCAGCAAAUAAAGUGGCAAACUUGAUGUGGAGGGAUUAUAGUGGAAGGGCACGACGUAAGCCUCCAAUCCAUAAUUACAAUCCUACAAUUAAACAUUAAUUAGAAAUAUUUAAUUUUAUACCUAAUUAUAUUUACUCUUUAAGUUGUAAGUGGUGUUAGAUUUUACUAGUUAAUUUGGGCCUCACAAUUUUGAACCUUACAAGUGAAGUGCCCCUCCAAUAGUAUAAAUUAUAAGGAAUAGAUAUCAGUGGUUUUAUUUUAGUUAGUUUGGUCGCAGAAACAAGCAUAGGGAAGGUGUUUAGAGACCUACCUAUUUAGCUUGUGCCUGUAAGUAUGGUUUGUAGAAAUGUUUUCGCACUGUACAUUUAGUUAUAUUUCUUUAAAUGUUUCUUGGUUUUAUCAAGUCUUGAUUAUUGUCUCACUAAAUU